AUGUCCGCUGUUCAGACUAUCACGGUGCCCACCCAGCCCGAUAUUCAGUAUCAUCCUGAAUAUGAAAAGUACAAGGAGCGUGGUCGUCGUCGAAGGGAGACUGAGACUCUGCAGUCUACUGUUCCUGCAGGCUUCCCGGAGAAGUUGGUAUCACCACUGGUCUGGGAAGGAAAAGAGGUUGAGAAGCGGGAUGACUGGAUUUAUCAGUUGAACGAUGAUCAGCUGGAUGAACUCGAUGCUGCUUUGAAGAGCUUCAAAGCUCUCAAUCUUCCCUUGGGGCAUAUCAAUCAGUCGACGUUCCCUCUACCUACCCUGCGGCCUGCUCUUCGGGAUAUUUCAAAGGAGAUCCACACCGGUCGAGGAUUUGUCGUUCUCCGCGGGUUGCGCAUUGAUGAUUACUCCCGGGAAGAUAAUGUCAUUAUCUACGCCGGUGUAUCUUCCCACAUCGGUAAUAUUCGAGGACGGCAGCAAGAAGUUCGACUGGCCGAUGGCUCUUCGCCCGUGUUAUCCCAUAUCACAGACCUCACCAACAAGGUCGACAAUGGUCUUAUCACUGCGCCUUCGAACACGGCUGAUAAGCAGGUUUUUCAUACUGACGCUGGUGAUAUCAUCUCACUUCUCUGCUUGAACCGAGCGGCAGAGGCAGGAGAAAGCUAUCUUUCUAGCAGUUGGCAUGUGUAUAACAUCCUGGCCAGGGAAAGACCCGAUCUUAUUCACACUUUGUCUCAGGAUUGGCCAAUGGAUGGCUUCGAUAACCCAGUCAGACCCUACAGUCUCCGCCCACUUCUAUACCACCAACCAGCCACGGCUACUACCCCUGACAGGGUCAUAAUUCAGUACGCAAGACGAUACUUCACUGGAUUUGGGGCCCAGCCCCGAUCGAAGGACAUUCCCCCUAUCACGGAAGCGCAAGCCGAGGCUCUCGACGCUUUGCACUUCUUGGCAGAAGAGCACAGGGCCGCUCUGGAUUUCCAGAAAGGCGAUGUGCAAUAUGUGAAUAACCUUAGCAUUUUCCAUGCGCGGAACUGGUUCAGAGACGAGCCUGGGAAAGAGCGUCAUUUGUUGAGACUCUGGCUGCGAGACCCUGAAAAUGCAUGGGAAACACCCGAGAAACUUCAGGACCGCUGGGAUAUAGUCUACGACGAUCUUCCAGAGAAUAAGCAGACGUUCCCAUUGGAUCCGGCUAUUCGCAAGAAUGUGGGAGCGUGA